UUCGUCUCUAUCCCAUCGCUCACUUUCUCUCUAAACUAAACUGUUCUUCUUUCCUAUCACUUUUUCUUUCUCUUUCAAAUUUGAACUCAUAAGAAAAUGGGCACAGCUACCUGCAUCGAUAUUAUUCUUGCCAUCAUCCUUCCACCUCUUGGUGUCUUCCUUAGAUUUGGCUGCAACAUUGAGUUUUGGAUCUGUUUGAUUCUCACCAUUUUGGGUUAUCUUCCUGGAAUCAUCUAUGCUAUAUAUGCUAUCACUAAGUAAUCUAUGUGAAUCAUGAAUAGUUUUCAAGGGUCACAUUCAAGUUUCGUGUAAAAUUGUUCACUGGCGAUGGACAAAAGUUAUUCUUUUUUUUAUGUUACAUCUUUUUAGUGUCAAUAUUUCUUUACAUCUUUUUUUGUUUUCUGUUUUUAACUUGAGUUUUUAUCAUGUGUGGAAUUGAUAGUGUGUGAAGUUUGUGAACUCUAGAAAUGGUAGUCAAUUUGAAUUAUAGUACUAUACCGUCUCAAUAAUAUUGUUCAUCUA